GAUUCCGCGUGGGCAUGCUUUCUGUGAUGUGUAAUGCAGUGUUGCGUUUCGGGAUGACCUCUCCUUAUUUCCCACAAAACAGGACAGUUGUCACUCGAAAAGCUAAGCAGACAGACUCAUCCACCGCUGCUGUCUCUCUCCUAUCCGGACUAAAGAAGCGAAGAAACGUGGAUGCUGUUUCCUCUGUGGCUGUGAAAGUAGAAGAGGAGGAUUCGACAGUCUCCUUUUCAACAUUAGAUGGAAGCCGGGAUCUCUUCCAGCCUGCAACCAUUCUGCCAAAACGAGAGGCAGACGAUCCGCCAUUAUCUUCACAUGGCCGCAGGCGAAGACAGGUAAAGGUGGAGUAUGAUGAAGGUGCACCACCAGUGAAGGCCGAACACUGGGAACCUCCUGAUUGGAAGAAACAGUUGGGAUUCAUUCGUGAGAUGAGAAGCAGCCACGAUGCUCCAGUGGAUCACAUGGGAGCAGAGAAGUGUUACGACACAGAGGCUCCAGCUAAUGUGAGACGUUUCCAGGUGUUGGUGUCGCUGAUGCUGUCCAGUCAGACCAAAGAUCAGGUGACAGCUGCUGCUAUGCAGAGGCUCCGAGCACACGGCUGCACUGUGGAGAAGAUUCUAUCUACUGACGAUAACACACUCGGAAAACUUAUCUACCCAGUCGGCUUCUGGAGGAACAAAGUCAAGUUUCUGAAGCUGACAGCAGCCAUGCUUGUAAAGGAUUUUGGAGGGGACAUCCCAGACAGCGUGGAGGGGCUUGUCCGUCUCCCAGGGGUUGGACCCAAGAUGGCUCACCUGGCUAUGGACAUUGCCUGGGACCAGGUGUCUGGUAUAGGUGUGGACACACAUGUACAUCGGAUCUCAAACAGGCUGCGCUGGCUCAGGAAGCCCACCAAGAACCCAGAAGAGACACGCAAGGCCUUAGAAGAGUGGUUACCAAGGGAUCUGUGGAGUGAGAUUAACUGGUUGCUGGUCGGUUUUGGACAGCAGGUUUGCCUUCCAACCAACCCUCUGUGCUCCAUGUGUCUGAACCAGCAUAGCUGCCCGUCCGCUCAUCAAAGCUCUCCUCUAAAGCAGCCGAAAGCUCAAUCUCUGCCCUCUCCGGGUCCAGCCUCCUUGCUCAAAGCAAAGAAAGAAACUGUGGUUAAAGAUGAAACGAUAAGUGGGGAGCCAGAUCAUGUUAAUCCCACCACCCAGAGGAGGGUGCUAAAAAGUAAGAUGAAACGUUAACUAUGUUUCAUCAACAAAGCUCAAUUUCUUUACACUAAAAUAUUUUGCAAAUAAACCGGCCAUUUCAUGUUCAUUCAUUUUCUAUGCCACUUGUCCUCACUGGGGUUGCGGGGGUGUAGUGGAGCCUAUCCCAGCUGACUUUGAGCGAGAGGUGGAGUACACCCGCCAAUCGCAGGGCACAUAUAGACAAACGACCAUUCACACUCACAUUCACACCUAUGGACAAUUUAGAGUCUCCAGUUAACCUAACAUGCAUGUUUUUGGAAUGUGGGAGGAAGCCGGAGUACCCGGAGAAAACCCACACACGCACGCAUGGGGAGAACAUGCAAACUCCACACAGAGAUGCCAAAACAGAGAUACAAACUCAGAUCUUCAAAUCACCCAAAAAGAUGUCUGUUUAUAAGCUUAUUGUCUUCUUUUUAGUAGUUGGAUUUAUGUUUUAGGUCAUUAUCUUGCUGCAGAAUGAACCCCUGACCAACUGGGUGCAUAGUAGAGGGUACUGCAUGGUGCUACACAAUUUUGUGGUUAACGGUGUUGUAAAACUUUCAGGAAUGCAUCUCGUCGUUUGUUUCCUAGCAAGAUUACACAAAUACCUCUUAAUGUUGCUAUUUUGGGAAAGCACUGCCUGAAUUCAUUUGAUGCCUACAUACAGUACAAGAUCAGGAGUUUUUCUAGGUCACACAUUAGGAUAGCAGGCUGUGAAAGACAAAGAAGCAUUUGAUAAGCUUUUUAUACCUUUUUACAACAUUGAUAUAGCAUACAUACAUAAUACAACACUUGUUUUUGGUCCCAUGAGCUGAACUCAAAGAUCUAAAACUUUUCCUAUGUUCACAAACGUCGUAUCACUCUCAAAUAUUGUUCACAAAUCUGUCUAAAUCUGUAUUGGUGAGCAUUCAUAAAUUCUUAUUACACAUUACACAGAUUUGUGGACCAUAUUUGAGAUAAAUAAUGUAAAAUAAUAAAUUCAAAAUAAUAAUAAUUUUGUAUACAUGGAAAAAUGUUUACAUCUUUUGAGUUCAGCAAAAAUGGGAGCAAAAACAAAAGAGUUGAGUUUUUGUUGAUUUAGUAACUUCCAUUCAGUCACCUUCUCUACCACUUGUUCAGAGUCACGUCAGCUGUGUGAACCACUACACUACCAGUGGGCCCCAAUUCAUUAACCUGAAUGGGCGAAUAUUAUCCUUAACUGUACGAUAUUAAACAUGUCCCAAAUCAGUC